UCGUGAAGGAUUGAGUCGUUGAGUGGGGUCUUUCGUCCUAUUGUUUCUUACAACAGGAAGUUUGAAGUCGGAGGCGGUUGACCAACGUGCCAGAGAAAAUGGCGGACGGUGGGAAGAGGCUUGUGACUCUCAAUGACCUCAUCGAUGCCCUGGACAAGCACGAGAGGGCGCCGAGCAAUGUCCCAAAGGUCGAGACAUUCCAUUUCAAGGGGGAUCGGGUAUCUGACUGGUUGGAUCUGACAGAGCAGGCGUUGGUAGGGCUGUCAGAUGAGGUCAAGCUCCAGCGGGUUCUAAGGUACGUCCUGCAUAGUCACCAUCGGGAAGUAAGUAAGGUCAUGGAUGCCGUCGGUGGCAGUUGGACAAAGUUUGGGGACCUGAUGCGAAGGAAGUACAGGCUGGGGGAUGGCCUGUUGACCAUGACCGACUUGGAGGCCAUGAAUAAGGAAGACUUCUCUACCAUUGGGGCGUUCGUGCACGAGUUUAAGAAAAAGGCGAGGAAGGUGCACGGGAUUUCUGAGGAGGCGCAGUGCGCCACAUUUUUGGGGCUGCUUACGGGCUCGGAGGCCAUAGAGCUGACAAAGUAUGGGGAAGGGAGUGAGAGGCUCACCUGGGCAACCAUUGACAAGGGAGUGGAAGAAGGGAGCUUGGACCAGGUGGAGCAGCACCAAAUGAGGCUGCAAAGGCGCAAGAGGAAGGAGAGGGAUGCUACCACAUCCGGGACCCCAGGGGUGAAGAGAAUCGUCACGGACGUGUUGGCGGCGCUGGGGUAUGACAACGAAGCGGAAAUACAGAAAAGAGAGGUGCUAGUGGCCCAAGGUCGGGCGUCAGGGGAUUUGCAACGGUUGAAUGCGGUGACGGUGCGGGACGCGGGAGGACUGCCGAACACGGACGCCCUGUCAGAGUCAUGCGCAGGAAGGCCUAUAAUCUCACUUAUAGACCUUUAUUCUGCGUAUGACCAGUUUCCUGUAUACCCGCCGGAUAGGCCGGUAACGGCGAUGCAUACGCCAAGGGGGCUGAUCCAUAUGAAUGUGGCCCCUCAGGGGUGGACUAAUGCAGUAGCGAUGGUGCAAAGGCACAUGAUUAGGGCUAUGCAAACAGUUAGCCCACAUAUCACCCAACCCUACAUUGACGAUUUGGCGGUCAAGGGUCCAAAGGAAAAAGAGGAAGACGAAGUGAUGCCAGGAGUGAGGCGGUUCGUUUGGAAGCACAUCCAGGAUAUCGAUCAGGUUCUGGGUCUGCUGGAAGAACAUAGCCUGACGGCUAGCGGGCCCAAGUCGAAGCACUGUAUGAGGGGGGCCACGAUUCUGGGCUUUGUCUGCAACGAGAAGGGGCGGAGGCCAGAUGUGAAGAAAACGGACAAGAUCCUAGAGUGGUCAGUUCCCUUUCAGUCGAUAACGGACGUGAGAAGCUUCCUUGGGAUCUGUGGGUUCUGGAGGAGUUUUGUGAAGGACUUCGCCACCAAAACGGAGCAUUUGAGGAAGCUGGUGCGGGACAAGAACAGGGCGGAUGGGCUGAGCCGUAUCAACUGGGAUGGGGCGAGUCAGGAGUCAAUUGAGGAUACCCAACCAGUCGACGGGUUCUUGGAUCAGGAAGAGGAUGUCCGCCUCCACAUAAAUGAAUGGUCGUUGAAGGUGCCUAGCUGCGUCACGCAUCCUAUAUGGCUAGCGCCAAGGGGGUACAAGCAAAAGGAGAAGUUGGUCCUCAAACCCUUCCAAGAAGAAGAUCCGUGGGGGAGUAGGGAUAUUGGCUGGAUGAUGAAGUUAGCACCAGCAGGUACGCAUAGUUUGGCGGAGGAGGUAAGGACAAUAGAGGAAGGGCCAACCCAGGUAGAGGAGCAUGAGCAAUUAAAGGGAGGGAUGUACUUGCUCACUAAUACGCUCCUGCAGGGGAACUUUGACCAAAGGAGCUCAUCCGGUUCUGAGGAGGGCGAACUCCUUAUUUCUGAAAGCCAGGACGACGAGUUCGAAGAGGGAGAGAUCAGGGAGGCCUUCUGCGCAGAAGAGUAUGACGGGAUCUAUCGGGAAUUGGGGUUACUCCUGUCAAGCGAGAUAAGGGAUAGAGACGCAAGUGCUAAAGCCCAGAAGAUGAGGCAUCUCUACGUGGUAAGAGAUAGCCAUCUAUUUAUAAAGCGACAGGUCGAAAACCCCAAGAGGAUCGUAUGUGGGAGGAACCGGCAGAUCGAUGUCAUAGCAACCCUACACGAUGGUAUAGCAGGGGGGCACAGAGGGGUUAGUGCCACGUGUGCAAAAAUAAGCGAGUUAUACCGUUGGGAUGGAAUGCUAACUAUGGUCAUCAAGUACUGGCAGUCCUGUAUACCUUGCCAGCAGAGGUCAACGCAAAGGCCUGGGGAGCCUCUGCACCCCACGUUGGAAAGGGAAGUGGGUGCGGUCGUACACCUGGACCUGUUCUUUAUGCCACUCAGGGAGGAUGGAAGCAACUAUAUCUUCGACGCACGGGACAACCUUACUGGGUUCGUGGACGGUCGGGCUAUUCAUACGAAAACUGGCCCAGUUUUAACAAGGUGCAUCGAGGAGUACUACCUGCGCUAUUCGUUUGUCAGGGAGUUUGUGAUGGACCGGGGGUCGGAGUUCACAUGUAACGAGGUGCGGACCUUACUUGCGGGGUAUGGCGUGGUAGCGAACUAUACUACUGCCGCGCACCCCCAGGCAAAUGCACCUGUGGAGAGAGGGCGUAGUACCAUCACAAAUCUUCUGGCCAAAUGGACGGAAGGGAGGCCUAACCAGUGGCCGAAGUUUCUGAGAGCAGCUUUCUUCGUGGAAAACGUUACAGUGAAAAGGACUACCAAGUCUGACUUUUCGAAGGCAGUCAUGCAGAGGGGUAGGAGGGACGCACGGCCACGGCAGGGGCCCCAGGGAGCAGCGGGGAGAGGCAAGAGGCACGAGCCGCCUAGGAGGGAGCCUACGCCCGAGUUCGAUGACGAUAACAUACAGUUUUUCCUGGACGUAUAUCGGGAUCAUGCGGCACAGAGAGGGUGGUCAGUGGUGGAGAGGAUUCACCACUUGAGGGGUAUAGGGCGGUUUGAGGAGCCUGUUGCUCAGAUAUGCGAGGAGGCCCUGACUUGGCCAGAUGUGGAGGCCGGGAUGCAGAGACUGAGGGUUUCGCCCAGGGGACGUGACGGCAUGCCCAUUCGGUUAGAGGAAGGGAACGCAGAGGAGUUUAUUCCCGCAUAUGAGCACUACAUGUUGAGUCAGGGGAUUGCACGGGAGGAGUGGGUACAGACCCUACUUAUCUGGACUAGGGGGGCAGAGAGGCCGGUGGCCAGACAGAUUCGGGAAAGGGCUCGAGAUUGGGAGGACUGUCAGGCCCAACUCAGGAGGGCGUUCGGACAACCAGAGCGCGAGAGGCCCGAGCCCAGGGUCGAGAAGCGGAGGCGGAGCAGGAGGCCGAGGGAACCAGCGCCGAGAGAAGUGGGGCUGACCGGAGAGAGGAGUAGGGCCCCAGCACAUCAAGGGGAUGAGCCUGCAGGGCCCGCACUGGAAGAGGAAUCGUUCCCUGCUUGUGACCUCCGGGCAGUUGAGUUUCGGCGGAUUACGAGCGAGGAGUUGAGACCGCCCUCACCAUUGUCAUCAGGGCAGGAGCUGGACAUACCAGGAGAGACGCCAUUCCGGAACUUAGCGACUCACCUUGAUGUAUCGCGAUGGGAGGCCUCACAGUUGGGGGAGGGCUCAAUUGAGCCGACGCGCUAUGUGCCGUUGGAGGAGCCUUUGGACCCCGAGAAGGAGACUGGCGUGCCAGACCGAGAGGAGCCCCAGGAUCCUGAGAUGGCAGCCGAGCAGCCGGAUCCGGUACGGCCUCAGGAUGGGGAGGUGAUCAUGGUCGGAGACGAUACCCCUCCUUACUCCCCAGUUCCAGAGCCAGCACAGCAUUCAUGGCCAGAGGGGAUUCGUGAGCCAGGCAGCGAGGAGAUUCCGGAACAGGCUGAGAUGGAGGCGGCGGGGAUAGAGCUAACACCGCCGGUCGAGCCCAAGACGAGCGAGCAGAGGAUUGACGAGUUGUGGGCCGGAUACGAGAGCCAGAGGGAUGUGGCUCGCCAGAGGUCACGAGAGAGGGGGCAGGCGGACGAGGAGGCGGGUGAGCUGAGGGAGAUGGGGGACUUGGGGUUCUCCGCGACUAGAAAGGCGAUUGAGCAUGUGGAUAGGAGGAUAUGCGAGACGGCGGUUACAUCCUUCCAGUGGUAUAAUCUACUCAGCAAUGAGCUCAGGGUUAGAGAGUUGGAGGUGGAGCACCUGACUACUCAGCUUGCCGAGGAGCCAGGUCAAAGAGGCUACGCCCCAGAGCUGGGAGAAUUGAGGACGGAGUUGGGCUCUUGGGCCACUGGGACGGACUCAGGAGGACCUGACUCAGGGCGGCAGCAGCGACAGGAGGUCAUGAGUGAGCCAGCCGCCGUGGCGGGCUCUCAGCCGUCAGGAUCAUGGGAGGAUGAGGUGGUGGUGGUGACAGAGAAGCCUCAUGAGGAGGGACCCCGAGAGUUGGACACGCCAGAGUGCGGGCCAGCGAGCAUAGCCGUACGAGAGGGUGAGGGUGCUGAGGCUAUGGAGCCCGGACCUCAGGGUCAUAUGGGAUUGCCCUCGUGUCAUGAGGUGACCACUGAGACCAUGGGGACGCCUUCGACACCAAGUUCCCGGGGGAGAAAGAAGAAGACUGCCAAGUGGCACGAUACUUUCUGCUUUUGGUGCAAGAAGGAGGGGCGUAGAGCCGUGGACUGCCCAGAGCUCCUCGAGGAUAAGGCUGAGGGACGGGUUGCAGAGGUUGACGGCAAGUUUUAUGACAGACAGGGCAGGGUAGUGGAGCGAGCUCCAGAUGGGGGCAGGGCCCAGUUAUUCAGGCAGAACCAGGAGGAAUUGUGUGAGUAGGGGCUGGUCUCUCUAUGUGUUAGUAGGGCCAGAAUAUUCGACAUGCAGAAGGUGGGUUGGAGGUGUAUAUAUGCUUAAUUGGUUGAGGAGCCCUAGAUGUGUGCGUGUUUUAGAGGUGGUAGGAUGAGUCCCUGCCUGCUUAUACAUACAUAAUUGAUAGUGUUUUCCUUGAGCUUUUCUUUCAUGGGCUACAGCCUAGGACAUGAGGGUCGGUCGUAGGACACAUGAGACUAUUCAGUGGAUUUUUUAUUUCGCGGUGCAGAAACUA